UUUACCUUCCGAAAAUAUGCAGAAAAUCAUAAAAACUCAUUACAACUCCUGUUCUUUCCUUCACCGUACAACCAAAGAGUGUAAUUGUCAUGCCCUCAGUUGAGCAAUGGUAUACUGAUUUAGUACAUAGAUCUGACCAAUAUACGCUGAGAGAAUUGGGAGAGAUGUCAAAAGGCACAAUGGUGUCAGCUUUCGCAGUUAUCACCGAUACUAAAACAAUAAAGCAAACAAACGGUAGAAGCCAACAAUGGUACCAAACAAUUCUAAUUACUGAUCCCACUGUUACAGAAGGCAGUGUUAUAAACAUUGGCUUUCACCAAAACCGAGAAUCACUUCCUAAAAAUGAACCAGGUCGCAUUCUUGUAUUAAAGCAUGCAUUUGUAGAUUUUUUCAACGGUCAUUGUCAGUUAGUUGCGAGAGGAUCUGGUAACGCCCUCCAACCCACAAGGACUGUCUACGUAACAUUAAACAUGGAAACGCUUGAAAAAUAUCCAUCGGAGGAUGUGGACUGUCAACUGUCAAAAUCAGAUAUGAAAGUUAUCAAAGCAUUAAGGAAAUGGUACAGAGCGAGUGAUAACCAGAACGAUACUACUACUACUGCUGCUGCCAACACAUCAAUAGCAUCCAUGCCAGUAUCUACUGAUGCCCGCGUAAAAACAGCUAAACGAAGCAAUCGACCUUUGCUGACAACUGAGGCCUUGGCAUCUCAUCCAGCAUUCUAUUUCGAUUACGUUGGGAUGGUAGUUAAAUAUAUACCUAAUGAGGAACGUCAUAGAGUCGAUUUAGUUUUGACAGAUUUCACUCAGAAUCAAUACCCCAUUGGACAGAAUGUAGCACUCUAUGAUAUUGACCCUUCACUGUUAUUACAAUGUACGUUAUGGGAUAAUCACGCAGAUAGAUGCCCCUCACUUGAAUUGGGUAACUAUAUUUAUCUGUCUAACUGUACAAGAAACAAAAAGCGUCAGGAUGGAUUAGAAAUUCACGUCAAGGGAAAUCGCGACACAAAACAACAUGUUAACAUCUUACAACCUGAUCAGAAUAUAUUGGAAGCACUGUUGCAGAGACAACAGCAUUACUUUGCUGACUUUCCGAUAUCAAGAGAGGCGAAAAGUGAGAAAAGGAAAAAAUUUACAACAACAACAACAACUAAUACGAAAACUGGAACAACUCACAAAAGAACGAAUGACAUUGAUCACUCUGUUGAUGAUGAAAGCAGUGGGAGUAGUAGUAAUAAUCCGGCUUUAAAAAAGAUGAAGAUGGAUCGACUGUACCAUGCAAGUGGUUCAGUGGAUGAUGAUAAUGAAGAACCUGUAGUAGAUACAUAUAUGAAAGAGACGUUUCCUUUGAAAACAGGUAGCAGAAUACUGUAGUAUGCUUUGAUUUAGUUGGACAAACUAACCAUACACUGUAAUUCUCAUUUUU